UCACAGAUCAAGGUCCCAGACGGUCAUUCGGCUGCUCUGUCUCCCUCUGCUCUGCAGCCUAACCAGAACCAUGCUGCACAGAAUUUUUGGACUCACAGAUAGAGACCUGUUGGUGUGCCAGUCGGUGCCCUGGUGUGGGGACCAAAUCUACAACCCCUUGGAGCAGUGCUGUGAUGAUGACACCAUCUUGCCCCUGAACCGUACCCGCCUGUGUGGCCCCAACUGCAUCUACUGGCCCUGCUUUGAGCUCUGCUGUCCAGAGUCUUUUAGUCCCCAGAAGAAGUUUGUUGUGAGGCUGAAAGUUCUGGGUGUGAAGUCCCAGUGCCACUCAGCCCCCAUCUCCAGGGACUGUGGCAGCAGAGUGAUGUUUGCUCAAAGAAGAUAUAGAAGACAACCAUCUUUCACUAAGGCCACUUUCCCAGAAGAGACUGAGGGUGGUUUCCGUGGAUCCCUUACAUUGGUUCCGCGACUCGGGAUGGGAUCUUCCCCUGUCUCUUAAGCUAGUGGAACCCCAUCUGAGCCCCAGUGUCCCAGGGACACAGCCCCACCUUCCAUUCUGCCCGGACGCUCUGCUCUGCAUUCAUCACCAGACUUCAGGUUGGUGAGUCCUCUAGGCGGGUUCCCCUAGGCCAAUUUAUCUGGGUCUUUUGGGUGGGGGUACCCCCAGUCACAACUUUUACAGUUACAGCUGGCCCCUAUAGUCGGUCUUAUCUGCCGGGUGGAUUCCUGAUUUUAUGGUGGAGAUUCUCUCUCAGGGUUGAGGCUCAUCUCGUAUUUGCAUUCGCAAUUGAAAACCCUGAUAUCAGGUCCUCAACUCUUCUUGGCUUUUGCCUGGCCCCACAUUGAUGUUUUUGUGACAACACCAUAUAUGUGCCACCUUCUUGUCUCCAGUCGACUACUCUGUGGCCUUGGGAUGCUGGGGCACAGAGUUAGCUGUAUCAGUCCCCACCAUGGAAUCUGGGUCCUCUAAUCUGGCAGAUUCAACCCUGUGAACCCUUCGCCCAAUCCCCAACUUAAAGCCAUCAAAAUUCAUUUGUGUAAUGGCACACCAGCUUCCAUGAGUGAGCGGGCAGAUGGAAAGGGAUUCCUUAUCUUCAAGUCUCUUCUUUCUUGCUUCUUGGCU